GUCUCCUCCGUCUUAACGUCCAUAGAGAGACUGGGAAAAGUUCUCCAAUAAGUAGGCUACAUGAGCGUCUGCAAGUGGGCGUGUUUCUCUAAUGAUUCAACAGUCUCCGCUCUUGUGUGAAGUCGAGGGCGCGAACGCACUUUUCUGGUGAGAAGGGAACGCAGAAGUCUAACUGACGCGCAGUCUAUCUUCAGCUCUUGCUGUCUAAAAUCGCUUCAUUGUGGAGAGGGCUUCGAAACAUCUUUGGGACACUAUCACCAUGGACGCAUUUCAAGUACUAUCGUUAUAUUUGUUACUCCUCUUCAUUUGGAAUAUACCAUGUUUUCAGUCAGCUGCCAUCAUAUCCCCCUCUAUGCCAAGGAGAAACAAGGGAGUGAAGAUACCUCAUGAUGGACAAAGGUCAACCACAUUUCUCAAAGAGAUCUUCGCAUCUUCCCCUAUGUUAAGCCGUCACCGAGAAGACUUUAAUAAGGACGCAAUUGUGCCCCACGAUUACAUGCUCUCCAUAUACAGAACGUAUUCGGCUGCAGAGAGACUCGGACUAAACGCAAGUUUUUUCCGCUCCUCAAAGUCUGCAAACACCAUAACAAGUUUUGUGGACAGAGGAACAGACGAUCUCUUGCACUCUCCUUUGCGAAGACAAAAGUAUCUGUUUGAUGUCUCAACCCUUUCAGACAAAGAGGAGUUGGUUGGAGCUGAAUUAAGGAUAUUUAGAAAAGUGCCCGGGGAUUUGCAAACGUCCCCGACAGGUCUCUAUGACAUUCAAUUACUCUCCUGUCGAUCAGAACGGCUACUGGAUUCCAGAUCCCUUGAUCCUCUGGAUUCCCGAAAACCAGGAUGGGAGGUUUUGGACGUGUGGGAAAUGUUUAAAAACCGGCAUCACUCUUCCCAGGGGAGCCAGCUUUGUCUCCAGCUCAAGGGCACUCUUGGUAAAUCAGAAAUGGAAAUCGAUUUAAAACAUAUGGGAUUUGACAGAACCGGUCGAAACCAGCAAGAGAAGGCCAUCUUGGUGGUUUACACCAGGUCCAAGAAAAGGGAGAACCUGUUCAACGAAAUGAAAGAGAAGAUCAAGUCGCGCGGAUCGGGGAGCAGGUCGGAGGAGGAGAGGGGACUGCGGUUCAAAGCCAGGCGCCGACGGAGGACUGCAUUGAACAAUCGGCAUGGGAAAAGACAUGGCAAAAAGUCAAAAUCUAGAUGCAGUAAAAAGGCUCUGCACGUUAAUUUCAAAGAGCUAGGGUGGGAUGACUGGAUCAUUGCGCCAUUGGAUUACGAAGCGUACCACUGCGAGGGCGUGUGCGACUUCCCUCUGAGGUCGCAUUUAGAGCCAACUAACCAUGCCAUCAUUCAAACUCUCAUGAAUUCAAUGGACCCCAAUAGCACACCUCCUAGCUGUUGUGUUCCCACUAAACUAAGUCCCAUCAGCAUUCUUUACAUAGACUCGGGUAAUAACGUUGUGUACAAACAGUACGAGGACAUGGUGGUAGAGCAGUGUGGCUGCAGGUAGCGUCCUUUUCUUCUGCGACACUUGAACGUAUUUAAACCCCGUAAAAACAAAGAUAAGUCAGUCGGCCCAGGUCAGGAUAUGAAAGCUGUGGCAUAUCUUAAGCAUAUAGACCCAUGCGUUCUUGCCAUAUCAUGGUGCGCCUAAACUUCACUCAAAAGGGAUCCACGAGAGACAUUAUUUGCAGUGUGGGCCUAUGCAAGCAUAUUUGUGUUGGUCACAUUUAAACUCAGUACAAUCUCACAUAGCUUUAUCUGUCCAAUUGUUGUGUUAAACUAAUACAUACUCCUAGUCUACAUUGCCGUCCAUAUGAUGUGUUUUUCAAUUGCAUAGUCUAUUGUUUCGCUAGGCCCCGACAUGGAUAGACAGUUCGUUAUAAACCAUUAGUCCGCAGGAGAGGAGUGGCUAUCGACAGGCUAGUGAUAGGCUAUCAUUUGUUCUUUUCUGAGCAGACUUGGAAUUGUUGGUCUUCCAUCAGUGAAUUACGUCCGAAAUGGGCACAGUGGAAUGCACCUGUUCAAACUAGGCCGCAGUCACGGGAUAGCCCUUGUGCAUUGUUGCAGCUCCCUGCAGCGGUCUUGCAAAGAGGACUCAUUUGUAGCGGGUGUUUCCAGGCUCACUGCCAGCAUCCAGCUGAAACUAUCGAGCUCUUCUGAUGCGUUAUCAAUCGGCCCUAGCACCCCCCUCCCACCCUCUCUCUCUCCAAUUUCUCUCUCUCAAAUAUAUUUCUCUCUCUCUCUCUCUCUGUCUCUCUCUCUCUCUCUCUCUCUCUCUCUCUCUCUCUCUCUCUCUCUCUCUCUCUCUCUCUCUCUGUGUCUCUCUGUCUCUCUCUCUCCCUUUCUCUCUCCAAAAGGUGAAUGUAAUCUACCAAACACACAAUGGGCUCUGAGGAAAAGAGAUAACGCAGGUAUGCCUACAAGAGAUGUGUCUGUGCGCCCUGUUUCAACCGAAUGGAGUGCGCGCUCGAGUCACCACAGCCGGCGGGAAACGAAUGCAAGACUUUAACAUACGAUUCUAAACAUGGGCUCUGUGGACAUAGGCAUUCAUAUUGUGCCUGUCAUUUUACAGCUGACUGUAUCUCGAUUACUUGCUGAAGGCACACUGAAAGGCAGUUGUACCCGGUUGCGCACAGGAGCACGUGGGGACACCAGAGGCCACGAUAAAUAACCAAGACAAACAUUUGCAUCUCCAACGCAUCUUACAAAAGGCACUUCCACAACUGACUGCGGCAAUGUCAUGUAGUCAGGAGGAACGCCCUUUUUCGUGAUAAAUCGACUGACCUGAAAAGACUCGCAAACGAGAUAUUUAAAUGCACAUUAGCUUUGAAUGCACUGCUGUUCGUUAUUUGAGCUGUAAAUAUUUGUAUAGUUAAAACUUUACAAGUGCAACGAAUGAAGAAAUGACAAAAUGCAUUUCUUUGUACAUGUACAUACUUUAAAUGCACUCAAAUCGUUAUAAUAUCUAUUCUAUAAUAAUUUUAUUAAUGGUGAUGUACAGAGUUUCAUGAUAAUCAUAUAUUUCUUACAUUGAUAAGAGUAAUUUAAGCUGUAUAAAAACUGUUGAGGGUGGAAAUACCAUUAUUGAUGUCUACCUCAUAAUUACCUAGGUUCUGAGUUCUGAGGUGCAUUCAACUGUGUUAAAUUCUUUUUAAAUGAUAUAUGAAAUUAUACAUUUAUAUAGGCCAUAUAUAUAUGUAUAUAUAUGUAUAUAUGUAUAUAUAUGUAUAUAUAUGUAUAUAUAUGUAUAUGUGUAUAUAUAUAUAUAUAUGUAUAUAUAUGUAUAUGUGUAUAUAUAUAUAUAUUAUAGGAUAUUAUUCCACACUAUUACUGUACUAAUAAAGUGAAGAAAACACAUCCAACACUCUUGUUCUUCGGAUGACUUAACUCCCCUUUCUGUGAGCUGAUCCUUUGUGACAGAGAGAAAACAUCGUUUUUAAGUGAUUUAUAACUCUACUUGUUUCCAAUGAAGUUACAGAUAUGAACCACACUAAUUACAAUACCUAACGUUACUGUAAGUAUAAUGCUAACUCAAGCGGUCUACAUGGAUUUGAUUUGAAUAAUAGGAAAAACUCACACUUCAAUCGGCCCUUUGUGCAUUUUUUCAUGUUGACCAAAAUAAGAAGUGAGAAGAAUGUCUCCUUUGAUGAUUGGAUUAUAUUAACUAUGGGAAAAAAGCAUUUGUUUUACCCUUUCUUUCAAAGCCUGUAUAUAAGCAGAGAUGCUAUUUGUUUGUAUAGUGUUCUGUUGCUCAACAAUAUCUAUGCAUAUUUCAAUAAUAUCAGUCUUAUUGGAUCACAAUGAAUCCAUGAUGUAUUUCCAAAUUUGAACCAUUAAAUGUGCUUGAAUGACAAAACUAGCUUAUAGCAAAGCAUGGUGUUUUUUUUCUAGUAGGGGGAUACAGGACAUUCUACCCAUGUAGAAUUUUAAUUAGUGCUGCUGUUUACAGCACCGAAAUGCCUGACUUUGAGAGUUGUAGUUGUUUUCGAACCUAUGCAGUAGAACUCUUUGGUGGUGACAAUGGAGUUCAGCUUCCUUUAAAAGUGUAUGCAAUGCAAACAAAUCAUUCAUCUUUAUUGGUAGGAGUUGACAUACUGUGCCUUCGGAAAAGUAUUCAGACCCGUUGACUUUUUACACAUUUUGUUACACUGCAGCCUUAUUCUAAAAUGUAUAAAAUGGUUGUUUCCCCUCAUCAAUCUACACACGAUACCCCAUAAUUACAAAGCAAAAACAGGUUUUUAGAA